GCGCAAUUUAAUCCACAUCGACUUUGAUCAAGAUUGGGUUUGACGCAAUAUCACACCUGCAGCCCUGAAACGAGCCAAAUAUUCUGCAAAACUUUGGCUUGGAAGCUAUUCAGAUCAGAAAUUCAACAUGGAUGGCUUAACUCGCGAUGAGGCUGCGGCAAGUCGCGUGCGCCAGGCUGAAGAGUUUCUUGAUCCUCACGACCAAAACGCCCGCAGUUACAGGCCCGACAUCAUAUUGAUGCUGCAAAAGAACCAAAGACGACUUGUUGUGAACCUCGAUCAUGUCCGCGAUCACAAUGCCGAGAUUGCUGAGGGUCUGUUGCUUGACCCUUUCGAGUACUCCCUUGCUUUCAACUACGCCCUGAAGCAGAUCGUCAAAACCGUGCCCAACGCCCGCCCCGACCAGACCCAUGAUGAGGUCCAGUAUUACUGCGCCUGGGCCGGCAGCUUUGGUUCCCAUGCCUGCAACCCAAGGACGCUCUCUUCGCAACUUCUCAACCGCAUGGUCUCGAUAGAGGGUAUUGUGACACGAUGCUCCCUCAUUCGGCCCAAGGUCGUCAAGAGCGUGCAUCACAGCGAGGCCGAGGACAAAUUCUUCUUUCGUGAAUAUCGUGAUCAGACAAUGACCAAUGGUGUCACAACUUCGAGCGUAUAUCCGACUGAAGACCCCAAGGGCAACCCCUUGACCACUGAAUACGGCUUUUGCACGUACAGGGACCACCAGACCAUUUCGAUCCAAGAGAUGCCAGAGAGAGCACCCGCGGGCCAGCUUCCAAGAGGUGUUGACGUGAUUCUCGACGAUGAUCUAGUCGAUAAGGUCAAGCCCGGUGACAGAGUGCAGCUGGUCGGCAUCUUCAGGACCAUGGGAAAUCGCAACACCAACCACAAUAGCGCACUGUUCAAGACCUUGAUCCUGGCCAAUAACGUUGUUCUGCUGUCGUCAAAAGCCAGCGGUGGCGUUGCAACAGCCACAAUCACCGAUACCGACCUACGAAAUAUCAACAAGAUCGCCAAGAAAAAGAACCUGUUCGAGUUGCUUUCACAAUCACUAGCCCCCAGCAUCUACGGCCACGACCACAUAAAGAAGGCGAUUCUGCUUAUGUUGCUGGGCGGCAUGGAGAAGAACCUUGAGAACGGCACACAUCUGAGGGGAGACAUCAACAUCCUCAUGGUUGGUGACCCUUCCACUGCCAAGUCUCAGCUGCUUCGGUUCGUUCUCAACACAGCUCCAUUGGCCAUCGCAACCACAGGUCGAGGAUCCUCAGGUGUUGGUCUCACUGCUGCCGUGACAUCGGAUAAGGAGACAGGAGAGAGGCGACUUGAGGCAGGUGCCAUGGUUAUGGCAGAUCGCGGCGUUGUCUGCAUUGACGAGUUCGAUAAGAUGUCAGAUAUUGACCGAGUCGCCAUUCACGAAGUCAUGGAACAGCAAACCGUCACCAUUGCCAAGGCCGGUAUUCAUACCUCGCUGAAUGCUCGCUGCAGUGUCAUUGCUGCUGCCAACCCCAUCUUUGGCCAAUAUGAUCCGCACAAGGACCCCCACAAAAAUAUUGCUCUCCCGGACUCACUGCUCUCUCGUUUCGACUUGCUGUUCGUAGUCACGGACGAUAUUGAGGAUGCCCGAGACCGUCAGGUAUCCGAGCACGUUCUGCGCAUGCACCGGUACAGGCAGCCUGGCACAGAAGAGGGUGCAGUGGUGCGAGAGAACACGCAGCAAUCUCUAGGAGUUGGAAUGCAGAGCCAGAGCAACGAGUCUCAAAGGCCGACUGACGUUUUUGAGAAGUACGACUCUAUGCUGCAUGCCGGCGUAACGGUCACGUCUGGUCGAGGUGCCAACAAGAAGCCCGAAGUACUCAGCAUACCGUUCAUGAAAAAGUACAUUCAGUAUGCCAAGACGCGUAUCCGGCCAGUCCUGACACAAGAGGCAUCUGACCGCAUCGCCGAUAUCUAUGUCGGUCUGCGCAACGAUGAAGUUGAGGGCAACCAGCGGCGCACCAGUCCAAUGACGGUUCGUACCCUGGAGACAAUCAUCCGUCUGGCCACAGCACACGCCAGAUCACGACUGUCAAAUCGGGUGGAGGAGCGUGAUGCCGCAGCCGCCGAGUCAAUUCUGCGAUUUGCGCUGUUCAAGGAGGUUGUUGAGGCCGAGUCGCGCAAGAAGCGGAGAAAGACUCAAAACGUCGAGUAUGCUUCAUCGAGCGAAGAAGACAGCAGUGAUGAGGAUGACGACGGUGACUUGCGCAGCACUGCUCGCGCCAGUACCACCAGGUCAGCCCGUGGCACCGCCAGAACUCGUAGGGGUGCGGCGAAUGCCAAUGGGCGUCGCACCGACACCUCCAGCGCACCUGUCGACGCUGACGAGGACGACGAUGAGGACCCAGAGUCCGAGGCAGCUGCUCCAAGACGCUCAAACAGGAGCGGACGUGGAGCGGCUGCAAGCUCGUCACAAACGCAAUCUCAGGUGUCAUACGCAUCUUCUGUGCCUGCCUCCCAGCUGGAAACGCAGGAAGAAGAUGACGAAGACGCCGAGGCGGAUGGUCUUGCAGAUGAGGCUGCUGCACUGAACAUUGGCCAGGACGACGGCCCUGAAAUAACUGCGACUCGACUAGGCGCUUUCCGACAGGCGUUGGGACAACUCCAGUCAACUGACUUGUUCGAAGAUGACACUGCCAGCCUCGAUAAUGUUGUUGCUGCCGUAAACGCCAAGAUUGGCUCUAGGAGCGGCGGGGCGUUCAGCAAGGACGAGGCCGUCAAGGCGUUGCGCAAGAUGGAUGAAGCAAACCAGGUCAUGUACACGGGCGGAGAUUUGGUCUAUCGCAUCUGAGUUAAUUGUUUACGUGUUAAUCUCAUCAUAUCACCUGGCGUUUGGGCGUUGUAAUUUGUUACCGCCAGAGGUAUUUCUUUGGAAUGUUGUCACGCGGGUCAAGUUUAUGUCGGAUGAAAUAGAGAUAUCCAAGGUGGUUAAAGAGUGGCUGUUUAGUUUUUAGAUGUAUUGCUGUUGGAUUCACGACGUGCACCUUGAGCAUAUCUGGUGGUUUGUGGCUCUGUUACUCCGGAAAAUUAAUCAUAGAAUCGAGCUCGUUUAUCUAGAUGCUUGAUUUUAACCGGCACAGCUGCUUUUCCCUUACCUGAGAUGUUCCCAUAGCUCGAAACCUGGCCCUCUCCAUCCCCAUGCAACAACAUAAUGACCAGCCAGUAGGUCCCACUCCUCGACUUCAUCCAGUCCUUCAAGGCGAUCAACCCUCUCCUUCUCCUGGGGGGCUACCCAUUGCGACCAGAUAUCAUUCACAGUCAUGUGCCUAGCGUUUUCGAAGCCCGCAUCCCGCAGCCGAGUGUCCUGGUCUUCCGGCUGCCUGUAGAUUGACAGGGUGGGCAUUGAAAUACUCCUCGCCGCGAGGUUGGAGAUCAUGGUCUUGCCAAACGGAUCGUCCGGUUUUGUCGGCUCGUAGAUGACGAUGCCGAGGCUUGGUAUCCGGUCGGUGAACCACUUGAUUACACUCUUGGCCUCGGACACCUGCAGAUAGCAAAGACAACACUCCGAGAUGAGCAAAGUGGGGAUGUCUGUCCUCAGACCCUUGAUGUCAACCGAUGCAUCGGGCUGCUGCUGCGAGGGUGUGAGCUUCCUGAGGUCGAGACCGUGGCACCAGAAGCGGCCGUCAUUGGGCGUGCUGCACAGCCACGAGCCAUUGUCCUCGACCUGGGGGUCGGUGAGAAGAUUUCUCAGGGCGGGAGUGGCCUUGACGAUGUUGAGCUUCUUGGCGCAGAUCAGAGGGAAAUCUAUCUCGUGGUAGAUGAUGCCAGCAGCACCGUGUCGGUUGAGAAGGCGCAGGCUCCUGGUGUCGGUUCCUGCGCCGAGUGAGAUUAUUUGUCUCUGUUGAGGUUGCUGACCUUGCUGGUCACCCUCGGUUAAACCGAGAAAACGAUCGACGAGAACGUCGAGGCCGGCGGUGCGUGUGUAAGUGCCUGCCAAGCCAUGUUGAGGUUAGGUGUUCUCUUUUUUUUUUUCUUUUUUUUUUGUGCUGGGAGAUUUGGAUCAGAU